AUGGCUUCCACAGUCUCAUCCUUCCUUCACCCUUACGCCCAAGAACUCGCCCUCCACACCCUCCGUCGGAUCUCGGGCGCCCGCCUCAAGGUUAUUCUGCAGUAUAAAGAUCCUCCAGAGGUCAUACAGAUCUACAUCAAGAACAGAAGUAAUUUGGAUUCCGGCAAUUACCUUUUCCAGUUGCUUCCCCGUCUCGCGUGGCUUUUCCAACCUUCCAACAGUGUCCAGAAAGCCCGCCAAAACAUCUCGUCGCACUACGAUGCUUCGAACGAACUCUUUGCCGCUUUUCUCUCCGCAGAUAUGAAUUACUCCUGCGCCCACUGGAAUGGCGAUCCAACUGAGUCCCUGGAAUCUGCCCAAGAGCGCAAGGUCAGCUAUCUCUUACACAAGGCACAGAUCGCAACAUCACACCAUGUCUUGGAUAUUGGAUGUGGAUGGGGCCAUUUAGCAAUCAAAGCGGCUCAGACAACGGGGUGUCGAGUGACAGGGUUAACUCUGUCAGACAAGCAGAAGAGUCUCGCGGAUCAGAGGGUUAAGGAGGCUGGGCUGGAAGAUCGGGUACGUAUCUUCCUUUGCGAUUAUCGGGAUAUCUCUGGACCGGAAGACAAUGACGGGUACUAUGAUCGCGUGAUUUCAGUGGGAAUGUUUGAGCAUGUCGGUCCUGAGUACUUGGAUCUGUACUUUGGGAUUAUCUCUCGGCUUCUGCACCCUACUCAUGGAGUGAUGGUCAUUGAUGGAAUCACAAUGACCAAUAAGCUCCGGGAGACUAAACCCAAAGUCCCAACCUUUAUCGGCCGCUACAUCUUCCCAGGGGGUUACCUGCCAACCAUCCACAUGCUCCUUGAUUCCCUCCACCGGGGAUCUGGAGGAAAUUUGGAGAUCACCUACACUCAGAAUAUUGGCCCACAUUACGGGAAAACCCUUCUUGCAUGGCGAGACAACUUCCUCCGCAACUGGAAGACAAUUGAAUCGGACUACCGUGCCGCACACCUUGAGGCAUCGGAUGCUGAGGUAGAGGCAUUUCGUCGACAGUGGCUGUACUAUUUUACUUACUGUUAUUCCGCAUUUCGUAGGAGGUUGUUGGGGAACUAUAUCAUUGUUGCGGCGAAGACUCCAGAGCCGAUGAUCGAGUAUGAUGCCAGCCUUGGGCAGAUGAUUGGAAAUUAA